AUGACGAAUGCGUCAGGCUCACUUGCUGUCCAUAGCUGGAAACAUGAGAGACCUGAUUCUGUGGCUGCACUUGCACUUGCUGAGGUGGUUGCUGUGGUUGCACUUGUGCGGUUGGUUGCUGUGGCUGUGGCUGUUGCACAGAGUACUGAGGAGUUCCGGAUGAGACCUGCUGUCCUGGAUACUGUAUCGUCUGCUGUUGGGGAUAAUGUGGUUGUUGUGAUGGAACGAUGUGUUCCUGAGAGUUUGGAGGUACUUGGGUGGCAGAAUAUGGUGACGGAUAAUAAGGUUGAACUGCAAGUUGAGAUUGGUGGGGAUGAGGUAGAAGUGGCUGAUAAGUUUGAGCCUGAACCGGUUGCGGAUAUGUUUGUUGAGCAGAGGGCUGAUAGACUGACUGCGGUUGCUGUGGUUGUCCAGCUUGUCCAUAGAAGGAAGCGGUUUGCGGUUGGUAAACUUGAUACUGUGGCUGAGGUGUUGCAGCGGUGGUUGCAUAGGUGA